AUGAAAGUCCGCAUAUACAACUCCGUCAAGGAAGACCAAUAUAUCGCUCUCGCAGAUGUCCCCAUCGACGGCAAGCCACAUAGGGUCGGCGACUUAUGUAAGCCCAACGACCCAGCAUAUCCGGACAAAGUCACCGGCAACACGGUGUAUAUUCGCGACUUCCACGGCGCCAAGUUGACCCAGGUGGCAGUGUGUGCGAGAAUCCCUACCGAGGAAUGGCCUCUCGGGGAGCCCGACUCGGAAGACUACGAUGUGACCGAGCAUACUAUUACUGCUACCAGGGUUGCUUGA